GAUAGUUCUAUCGAUUGUUUUGCAGCACUAAUAAAUUCCAUUUGCAAGCUAAAAAGAGGAAAAAUAUCAAAAAAAGAAAAAUAAAAUAGCAAAGCAGCCAGUGAGUGGAAAACUCAACCGAAAAUCAUGUGCCAGCGGUGCCAGCCGAAGACGACGCCGAGGGAUUAACUGAGUUGGUGCAGCCAAAUCCAGUCCAAUCGGCACGGGGCACUGCACUCCGAAAUCCGAGACUUCCGAGUGGCCAGAAGAUACCGAAGAGGUUCUCUCGCCUCCAUUUGUUUGCAUCACGGCACGGCGGGAUCAGGAUCGGGAUUCCCGACCGGCUGACAUGGCCAUGCACUCGUACAUGCGCCAGGGAUCGGGAUCAGGAGCAGCAGGAGGUGCUGGCGCAGGAGCAGGAGUCGUAGCAGCUGGAGCACCGCCGCUGGCCAGUCCGGAUGAGAUGCACGGCUUCCUGAAGGACAAGCAGGCGUGGGAGCACGCCAUCUCCCUGUACCAGGGCCCGGAUCCCCUCGAUCACUGGUACAACUACAUCUGCUGGUACGAGAACCAUGCGCACAGCGAUCCGGAGCUGAAGUUCCGCGAGACUCUGGAACGCUGUCUGACGGUGUACGAGCACAACGACUACUAUCGCCAGGAUGCCCGCUUGGUGCGGCUGUGGCUCAAGUACAUAGCCAUGCAGACGGAUCCGCUGCACUUCUACCAGGUGCUCUUUCAGCGCGGAACGGGUCGCCAGGUGGCCGCCUUCUACAUUGGAUGGGCCGCCUACUAUGAGUCGCGCGAGGAGUUCAAGGACGCGGAGGCGGUCUUUAACUUGGCCUUCCAGGAGAAGGCGCAGAGCAACUCGGAGCUGCAACAUGCCCACACCAAGUUCACCUACGCCAGGUCGCUGUUCCAUCAACGACAACAGCAGCAGCAGCAGCAGCAACAACAACAACAGCAGCAGCCACAUCCCCCGCCGGACGCACUGCAGCAACUAACAAACUAUGCACAGCAGACAAUGCCGCAGAGCUAUCCACCACAACAACAACCACAGCAACACCGUCCCCAGCCAUAUCAGCAGAACGUCUAUCAGCAAUAUCAUCCGCAGGCACAGCCGCAGCAGCAUCAGGCCGCACAGCCUCAUCAGCCAGCGACGCAGGCACAUCAGGCGCCAGAACAACAGCAUGGCUAUCAGGCACAGUACCAGGAGCAGCCACGCUAUGAGCCACAACCUGCAACUCAGCCCGCAGCAGCAAUACCAGCAGUCAAUGUCCAGCAACAGCCGCAAUAUGCUCCAGUGGCAGAGCCCCACUAUGCACCAACACAGCAGCAGCAGCUGCCGCAGCCGCAACUGUCUGCAGCACCGCAGCAACAAGCGCAGCAGUCCCAGCAGCAACACAAUGGCAAUGGCAAUCCAGUGUCCCAACCAAAUCCUCCCGUGACAAGCGAAGUGGCUGGCCUGCGUUUGCCGCGCAAUUUUCACGCUUACGGGCGCAACAAUCAUGAGACCUGGAAGCCUGCUCUCACGCUCGAAGAGCCCGAUGAUCCCUCGCGAGUGUGCCACUAUGCCAAGCAAUUGGUUUAUCCACCAGGCGCUGGCAUCGAGUACAGUCCCGAGGAAAUACUAGCCCGCAAGUUUAAACAGCUGAUGGAACAGAAGGCCAAGCCAGCUGAGCCGGCAGAACAGCCGCAGGAGCAAACUCUUUAUGAUUCCUACGAGUCGCAGACAUCCUACUACAUGACUGCCGUCGACGGAGCUCUAUACGGGCAGAACAACAGCAGUGGUCAGGAGAACACGGGUGAUGAGGAUGAGGACAACGAGGCGGAAGGUGAAGAUGAGGAGGAAGUAGGCGGAGCCAAUGAGGAUGAUGAAUCUGAUGAGGAGGAGGAAGACGAGGAGGAGGAGGAGGAGCCUAGCGAACCCUACACAAAUGGCGUGCAGUUCAGUGCGCAAACCACUUUUGAGCAGGAGAACCGCUCAAUCAAGAUUAAGUUCAGGAAGGAGCCCAGCAGCACCUACAGUGCCUAUACCAUAGAGAAUGUUUACCAGCAGCAGCAGCAGCAACAACAACAGCAGCAGCACACGCAACAGCCACCACAACAUCAGAUAGUACAGCAGCCACCGCAAAUAGUCCAUCAUCCUCCGCCGGAGCCUGCGCCUGCUUCUCCGAUUCCUGUCCAGCGUCACCGCAACGGUGGCCACCACCACUUCCAUCCCUACAUGCUGGGCCAGACCUCGACGCCCAAGAGCGAGGCGAAUGGCUAUCGGAAGGCACGCACCAAAGUCAAGCGCAGCAAGUUCCAGCCGGAUCUAUGCAGCAACAGUAACUCGGCCUCCUCGGCGGCUGAUGUGGCCACCGCCAGCUCGAGUAGUGUGGCUGCUGGAGCACCUGGUGCAUUCAACGACAAUGCAAACUUUUCAUUCUCCAGCGCCACCGCUUUGGAUAACUCAAAUAGUUCGCUGGCCCUGGCCGUGGAUAGACUCAACUUCCGCGACACUUCGCAGCAGCAGAUCCUCCAUCCGGUCAAUAAGACCCUACAAACGCACAACAACAAUAAUAACACCAGCAACAACAAUAAUGGCAAUAGCACACUAGCCGAUUUCUCUACGUUCCAAGAGAACUCGUACUUUGCCACCCAACACGAUACGGAGGCUCAGGAGCGGCGGCUUUCGAAGGCGGUGGAAACGAUUGCCCGUCAUUUGGCCAAGGAGGCCAUCGAUCCAUUCAACAGCGAACUCUGUCGCGCCUUCCUCGCCAAGCUGGACUUUCCGGGCGAUCAUGAUGCCCAUGCCAGCUACAAGAUUGUGCAAACGCCACUGCCAAAAAUAUCCAACACUCGCACGCUGAACGUCCUCGAAGGCGUGACCUUUAACAUUGACAAGGAGGUGGGCCGCGGAUCGUACGGCUCGGUUUAUAAGGCCACAGACUCCCGCACUGGCAAUGUGGUGGCCCUUAAGUAUCAGAAGCCCCCAAACACUUGGGAGAUUUAUAUAUGUGAUCAGGUGCUGAAACGCAUCAAGGAGCCGGAGGUGUUGCCCGGCCUGAUGGACAUUUCCACGGCGAUAAUCGCCCCAAAUGCUAGCCUAAUAGCCACCGAGUUCUCGCCGUUCGGCUCGCUGCUGGACAUCAACAACAAGAUCCGGCAGGCCACCACCAAGGUGAUGCACGAGUCGCUGGUGAUGCACUUUUCGGCGCAGAUCUGCAACAUCGUGGAUCACCUGCACCGUCAGCACAUAAUCCAUGCGGACAUCAAGCCCGACAACUUCCUGCUGAUGCGUGUGCCCAAUGUGGACAGUUCGCUGCCAUCGCUGCGACUGAUUGACUUCGGGUGUGCCAUCGACAUGACCCUGUUUCCAGACGCGGAGCGCACCAAGUUCCGUAAGGUGGUGCAAACGGAUGGCUUCACCUGCAUCGAGAUGCAGGAGGGACGCAGCUGGUCCUACGAGACAGAUCUCUUCUGCAUUGCGGCCACCGUGCAUGUGAUGCUCUUCGGUGACUAUAUGCAGCCGCAGAAGAAGGGCUCAAGCUGGGACAUUCGACAGAAGCUGCCGCGCUACCUCAAGAAGCAUGUAUGGACCAAGUUCUUUGGCGAACUGCUCAACAUGCAGGCGGACAAGCUGCCCGCGCUGCAGGAGAUGCGGCUGAUCUUCGAGGAGGAGGCAUAUCGUAUGGAUUCCGAGCUGCAGAAGCAAAUACGCGCCCUAUCCAACAUCCUGCAUCGACGAUAACCAACCUAUUCCUAUUACUUUUUAUUAAACUGUUUGUACAACCCUGUUGACCAA